GGGCGGGGCGGCGCUGCGGGCGGGGUGUGCUGGAAUGUGCGGCGCCUCCCGCCGCCCGCCGGAGACUCGCGGCCGCCCCGCGCCCUGAGCCCGGCCCCCAGCCCUCGGGAGCAGGGCCAAGCCCGGGCGGGCGGCGGCCCGGCGGCGCCGAACUGCUGUUAUGGCAACUCAGGUGCUGGGGCAGUCUGGUGGGAACAGCCUAUUUGCUGGCAAUGCUAACAUCAGUAUGGCUUUGUCUAAUGACAUGUAUGACUUGCAUGACCUUUCCAAAGCUGAGCUGGCAGCCCCUCAGCUUAUUAUGUUGGCAAAUGUGGCCUUGACAGGAGAAGUUAAUGGCAGCUGCUGUGAUUACCUGGUUGGAGAAGAGAGGCAAAUGGCUGAACUGACAACUGUAGGUGACAACAACUUUUCAGACAGUGAUGGAGAGGGUAUAGAAGAUACACAGGGAGCAGACAGUGAUCCUGAUGAACCUGAAAACAUGGAAUUAGGGUCUCUUGAAAUUCCUAGUGUGGAAACCCAGGGUCCAGCAGUUUGCCCCACUCCUGAGACUUGCAAUCUGGACAAGGACCUCCCAUUGGAAGUACCAGAUACUUCGGAGAGUGCGGAGGACAAAUGUAAAAGCUUGAAGAGCAAGCCAUUUCGUUGCAAGCCAUGCCAGUAUGAAGCAGAGUGUGAGGAAGAGUUUGUGCAUCACAUUAGGGUUCACAGUGCCAAAAAAUUCAUUGUAGAAGAAAAUGCAGAGAAGCAAGUCCAGGUCAAAGAAUCUGAUUCUUGCACCACAGAAGAGGCAGAUUUCUCUAAGGGGCCUAUUCGUUGUGAUCGUUGUGGCUAUAACACUAACAGAUAUGAUCACUAUCUGGCUCACUUGAAACACCACAACAAAGCAGGAGAAAAUGAGAGAGUCUAUAAGUGCACCAUAUGCACUUAUACUACAGUCAGUGAAUAUCAUUGGAAGAAACAUCUAAGAAAUCAUUUUCCUAGAAAGGUGUACACAUGCUCCCAGUGCUCCUAUUUUUCAGACAGGAAGAACAAUUAUAUUCAACAUAUUCGAACUCAUACAGGAGAGCGUCCCUAUCAAUGUGCUAUGUGUCCCUAUUCAAGUUCUCAGAAGACUCAUUUAACCAGGCACAUGCGAACUCAUUCAGGUGAGAAGCCAUUUAAAUGUGAUCAGUGCAGCUAUGUGGCCUCAAACCAGCAUGAAGUAACUCGUCAUGCAAGGCAGGUUCACAAUGGGCCCAAGCCUCUGACUUGCCCUCACUGUGACUACAAAACAGCUGACCGAAGUAACUUCAAAAAGCAUGUAGAACUCCAUGUCAACCCACGCCAGUUCCUUUGUCCUGUCUGUGAUUAUGCUGCAUCCAAGAAAUGUAACCUGCAGUAUCACAUCAAAUCCAGACAUCCUGAUUGUUCGGAUAUCACAAUGGAUGUUUCCAAAGUGAAACUACGGACUAAAAAGAGUGAAACUGACUUUUCUGAAAGCGUGAAUGACAAGAUGGAGAAAGAGCAAAUGAAAGGAGAUUCAUCUGAAAAGAAAAAUGAGGGAGCUGUAAAAGUGGAGAAAAAAGAGAGCUUAUCAAAAGAAAAGAAACCAGCCAGCAGCGUUUGUGUAGGCCAGGUGACAACCAGGAGUCGUAAAUCAGCUUCUGAAAACAAGGAGGUAGAUAUUAAAAUUGACAAAAGUAAAGAGAAAUCAAGUAAAAGAAAGAAGACUAAAAGAAAAGUAGAGGCUGCGUUAGUUUCCUCAAAGCAAGAUCUUGAAAAUGACACACAAGCAAUAGCAAAAAAGAAAAAGAAAGUGGAAAAUAAAUCCAGAAACUGUCAGGAAGCUCAAAAGAGUGAAGUCAAAUUGGAGGUGCCUAAAAAACUGAACUCUUGCCUUAAGAAAAACAGAAAAAAGAAAGCUUUGAAGAAUAAGCAUAGUAAGAAAAGCAAUAAACUUGAUCAGGAAAAGAUCCAAGGUGAGGUAAUCCCUGAAAAGUCUUCUCUCCUAGAGCAGGACAAAAAGGGGAAGUCUGACAGUAAUGGGAAUGACGAGCAGAAGGAGCCAGAUCCUGUUGUUAGUCCACUGUUAAUGAACACUGACAGCCAGAUUCCUGAUGGGGAAAGCCAGACUACUGAUGGAGAGUGUGUGCAGGGCCAGGGACAACUUCCCCCACAGCUUCGGGAUGAAAAUGUAGACCCAGAGGUAAAAGACCAAGAAAUGCCCACUUCAGAGGAGGAGAAUAAAGAAACUGUUUGUCAGAAAGAAGUUGAAGAACAGCCAGAUAAAGAUCAGGUCACUUGCUCUGAGGAGUCUCCUAGCACAUCAUCCUCUCAACAAAACCUAGAUGUGCCAAAGGAUGCAUUACCAGAUUUGGCGCAUCAGCCAGAGCUGGUGCAAACUUGUGAGACAGAAACUGUGACUAAUCCAGAUCCAGUAGAUCUGUCCAAAACAGACUUACCAGCUGAAGAACCAGCUCCACAGCCACCAGAAAAAUGUGAGCAAGACCCUAAAGAAGCUCUGGCUUUGUCAUCUGCAGAUAACAUGGCAGUGAACGAAUCUCAGGAAAUUGAUGAGGAUGAAGGCAUCCACAGUCAUGAUGGCAGUGAUAUAAGUGACAACAUGUCAGAAGGAAGUGAUGAUUCCGGGUUAAAUGGUGCUCGAUCUGUGCCAGAGGAAACAAGUAGCAAAGCAUCACAGGAAGCCGCAGAGGCAAAGGUUACAAAGGAGAACUAUGUGUGUAUUUUUUGUGACCGCUCAUUUAAAAAAGAAGGCGAAUACAGUAAGCACCUCAAUCGCCACUUAGUGAACGUGUAUUAUCUUGAGAAGGCAACAAAGGGGCAGGAAUAACCAAAUUGCAGUUUGAUGGCAAGUUUAUCCUUUUGUCUGUAACAUCUUACACAGUUUAUGUACAGUUGUAGUCUUUUUAAAGCAUGGUUUGCUUUAAUUAGUGUCUAGUUUAUUUUUUUUAAAGUUGAAAAUACUUGUGUAAUGUUGAAUUCAUUAAUUGUAUCUCUUGAUUAAAGAAGGCACGUAGGUAGGGUAUGUGAGGCUGUAUCCUAUUAAAUCAGCGUAAGCCUCUAGUCUGUUCGUUUAUGCACAAUUAUUUUAUAAAUUGAGGUUUAGUAAACAGACUAUAGCUACUCCUGCAUAAUUCAGAUGCAUUUUGAACCAUAAGAACCUUUUUGUUCUUAGCUGUCAGUUUUUCCUCAAAUUAAGUUUUCGUUCGAUUAUCUUAGCAUAUCUUCAUAUCAACUACUAAUUGAUUUUUCUACAAGGAAGAUGGCUUCUGUUUCAUAAAAAGAGCACUUUGUAAAACAAAUCAAAUUUGUCUAGAGAUAAACAUAAUGAUUUGAGAUCAUUGUAAUUUUGAAUAUACAUUUCAAAUCCCCUAAUCAUGAGCAGAAAGCCAAAAUUUGGAAGUAGUAUUUCCAACUUUCGAUUGCAGAUCUUGGUAAAUAUAUUAAUUGAAACUGUAGUUGUAAUUAGCAUAGUUAUGAGGGGAGCAAGUGUUAUGGUUUUUUUUAUUCUUUACUUUUGACUGUGCUUUAAGGGCUUAAAAUAUUGCACAUUAUAUUUUUGAUUUUUACCUAUGCAGUUUAAUCCUUUAGGAAUAGCAUUUGUACAGUAUAUGUACAUUAUAUAUGCAUGUUUGGUUUUGUUCAUGUAAUUUUUUUCUUUAUUUUGAAAUUUUCAGAUUUGUUGCUUACCAUGGGCCAGUUUUCUUUGAUACUCUUUGCUACAGUUUUUCUUGUUUUCGUGGGGUAUUAUUGGUUGUGCAUGAAUUUGGUAAAAUUAUGGAGUGUUUGGUUAUAUUUUUUAAGUAGCUUUAAAAUUGUAUAGUUUUUUGGGCAAAAGAUGCUGAUGUAGGUUCAAAACAUUUUGAAUAACCAUAUUCAUGGCAUUUUCAUUGUAUUUUGUCAAGAAAAUAUUACUUCUGAUAUUUGUAAUACUUAGUGUAUUCAUUUUAAUUAAUUUAUAACUUCUGAUCACCAUAAAGUGGAAUAUUCAUUCUAGAGGGAAACAGACUGCAUAUUUCUAUAAACCUUGUUUUCUUUUUUCUUCUCCACUUCAAAGUGGGGCAACUCUCAAUCUACAGGAUUAAAACUAAUUGUAGCACUGAUGUAAGAGUAGAUCAUCCAAAUCCAAAAUCGCAUGCACCAAGACUGGUAAGCAACAAACCUGGAAUUAGGAAAGAUGUAGAAUUUUCUGUUCUUUAUUCAUUCAAGAUUUAAUUAAAUAAUUAAAAAAAUAGCCUUGAUCUGUUAGAGAAAAUAAAUUGGUGACCAUACUAUAAACUCAUGCUGAUAUGUGAGGAAAGACAUAAGUAAUAUUUGAAUUCAUGGCUCCAUCCAGAACAAAAUACAGAUGAUCUUCUGAGGCUUGCAAGUGCUAGGAAGGCUGCAUGUGUGCUAGCUGUGUGCCUACCAGUUGCAAAAACAAAUAGGCAAAAAAAAACAACCAUCUCUGCAGCAGGGGAAUCCACAUUUAUGUCUCUUGAAUAGGGCGCAGCCUCCUUAGCUUUUCAGCCCUGAAUGCUUGCCAGACCUCUGUGGAACAGUAGUUGUGGAUGCAAAUGUCAGCAGAAUAGAACCCUCCCAGUGGGUGAACUCAUCUGCCAAGACAUUUUGUGACAAGUCCUCUAAAUAUGAACUCUGCUAAGAAAGAAAAAUAAACUCCUACUAUUCUCCCCCCCAGGGGACAGCAGAGUUUGUAUUUAUUCUGAUAACUUCUUGUUUUGUCUAGAGACAUAAGUUCUGGAAACUGGACAUCUGUGCAUAAAUAUAACUUGAAUGAAUAGAGAACAAAGACAGUACACUGCUUCUGCUUAUGGGGGGGGGAGUGGUAGUGGAAGGCCAAAGAUUUGUGUGUGUGGGGGGAGAUCCCUCAAGACAGAAAUAAAUUGUAUAAUGUAUAGAGAGUUUGUGUGUGAUUAGAUAGUGUUCAGUGCUUUCCUUGGCUGUGACAAUCAUUGUCAACUGAAGAUCAAGUUGCAACUAUAUUUAUGUUAAAACAUUUAGAAAAUAAACCUAGUUGAAUUGUCUUCCUAAACAACCAGUUAUGAUAGUCUUAGCUAUAGCUUUUCUUGUUAAUAGUGUGUUAUCUUUUUAUAUAUAAAAUGUUACCAUCUUGUGUAAGAGAUUUGAACAGAGGCUGGGAAUUCCAGUGACAUGUAGAGGUUUUAUGGAUACCUUCAUAUUUUUUAAAAGAGCAAUUACCAUCUUGCAAGAGAUUUCAAGAACUUUAAUUAUAUUCAGAUAAAGUUUUUGGACAAGCCUGGUUUUUGAGCUGGAAGUUAAAAUAUGGCAGUGAGAUGAAUUAAAUUUUAACAACCUGCCAUUAAAUCAAAGCAGACUUACAUUUCUCCAAGUAAAUACUGUACGCUGCUGGGAAAAGGGCUGAAUGCUUUUUACUUUAUGCUCACAGGGACUCCAUGAAAAGAAUAAUGCCUAUAUUAGGCAAUAUUCCUUAUCACAAGAUUUGAAAGUGAAAAUUAAUGUGUUAAGUAUGAACAAAAAUAAAAUGUGGAUUCUUCCUACUUAAAAAUAUACAAGAGAUGUGAUCUUUUUGCCUUGAAAUACUUUAGAUACGAGAAUGAAACCAUGUUGGAAUUUCCAUUUUUCUGAUUUGCUUUUAAUAGAGCUAAAGCUAGGAAUUUGGAAGUAUGAACCUAAAGCAGCAAAAGAUGUAAUAUGUCACUCAUCUCUAACACUAUGCUUAGACGUGGCUAAUGAAUAUUUGAAAUAGGGUGUAAAACUUAGGUUAACCUACCUUGUGUUCUAAAAUAUGUAUUUUUCAACUCUCUCUUUAAACAUAUGUACCACAUUGUGUUUCUUUUCCAAGAACGUUAAAUUAUUUGGUAUACUUUGUUGCCAGUACUUCCCUCUCAUAGGGCUUUUCUGGGUGACAAAGCCUGUAACAAUAUCUCACCUUAAGAUGUGCCUGGAGGGAUUACUGUAGGCUUCCAUGUAAUGCUAGCCCACACUGCCAAUCCAUACUGAGUAACAUGGUGUUUGUGGCUUUCACAUAUAUGUAAAUGUACACUCAAAAAGUGACCAUCACAAGAAAUGACCUAAAAAGUGGAUAACCAGGAACUUGUAAUCCAUGGUAACGUAGUUACUAUUUCUGAAUUUUGAUAAACUGACAGGUCAGUUAGCAUCCAAUAACGUUGUUGAUUUCAACAGAGUAAUAAUGUAGCUAAUAAGUGUUAAACCAAAUUCAAGACACCUCUUGAACCUUGGUGGUGUAGAUACCUGAUUUACAUACAAUAUUAACUGAAUCCAGGUAGCUAAUGGAAUUGUUUCACAUGUACAUAUGCUUUUUUCUAAAAUUACACUAGCUAACAAACUUUUGUAAGCUGGCACUGAAACAUUUUUAUAAUGUUUUGUUGCACCAUGUUUGAAGCUUUUACAGUGCAAUACUUGUAUUUUCUGAAUUAAACCAAAGGUAAUUUUUUUUCAUGCUGUUUAUCUACUGUAGUGCAUGACAACCUUUUAUACAUUUGUAAUAGAUAUAAAACAAACCAGAUCACAAGUCCUGUUUUACCUAAACUAUGUACAAGUCUUUUGUCCAAAAUGUAGUGUAAAGUUAAACUAAAUUGCAUUAUAUUAACCUUUAGGAGUGUAUUUUCCUAAGCAUAGUCAUGAUUAAAUAAAACUUUAUUAAACUUG